AGCAAGUACAUAUAAUUUUCUUUACAGAAUUUUUGUAAAGUAAACCUACCCAUUUUUAGAGACAAAAUAAAAGUGAAAGGAACGACAGGAUGCGCACCAUCCAAUUGGCCACAUUUUGACCAAGCCCACCGCAUUUUGGGGGGUUUUAGGUCAAUCAACGUACCCCAAGUUAUGAAACAAAGCACUGAUGAGAAUCCCAUGUAUGAAUGCGAAAGCUCGUUCAUAGCCGAUGAAUCUCUAGAGGGGGAUGCCUUUCUCUCCCAGGGCUUGGAGAACGAGUCUUUGGAUGGCUCAAGUGUGUUUAGCCAGGCGGCAUGCUCGUCGUCCUCGAAACGUCGACGUCCGAACAAGCCGGAGAUGACCCCGUUUGAAGCUGCCAUGGUGGAAGCCACCAAUCGGUGCACCGACGAGCUGGUGAACAUGUCCCAGAAUUUGAUCGAGCUCGGGGAUCGGCGUCUCCAAGUAAUGGAGCGGAUCGAAAAGACGCUGGAGACGAUUGAAAAGCGGAACGCAGACCAAAAUACAUAG